AUGUCUGAUUCGGUGAAUAUGUCUCUUGACGAGAUAAUUAAACAAAAUCGUGCGAGUCGGUCCCGUGGACGCGGUGGAGUUAAUACUCGCGGUCGGGGUGGAGGAAAUGUACGCGGUGGCAGAGGGAGAGGCAGAGGAGGCGGCCCCCGAGGUCGUGGUCGUGGAAGCGUUAAUCGAAGUAACUCUCAAUCAAGACCGGGUACUCCAAAUGCUGGCCGAGCCCGAUCUCGAUCUCGGGGCCCUGGUGGACGUUCACAGUCACUAUCACGCUCGCAAUCGCGCAACCGCUCGCUUUCACAAUCUCGAAACCGCUCUCGUUCACAACAACGUCGCUCUAAUUCAAGAGCUAGGUCAGCUUCAAGAUCUCGAUCACGUCUUCGGGGUUUGACACCAAAAGGCAGAGCAGGCUUAGAAGAUACAUCGCAAAUGCCUCAACUUGUGAGGAGAGGUGGAAGACUAAAUAGAGGAGGAAUGAAUAACCGUCUCCAACAAACUAAUUUAAAUAUGAAAAUACAAGGAGGAAUACACAGUCGUCUGGGAGUAAAUACGCGCAGGGGAAUGUACAAUCUUCGCAGACCGUUAGCUGUGGCGAAGAGAGGAAUUUCAAAACGAGGAAGAGGUUUAACCACUGCUAAUCAGUAUAGUGCAGUGGGCUUGAGAUCUGAUCAAAUUCUAAAAGAACGCCGACAGAAUAUGUUAUUACGGAAUAACAUUAUAAGAUCCCAAACUUUCACUCGGUCAAGGAAUAAUUCCUAUAGCUCAGCUUCGCAAUUGACUGUUAGUGUUGCAAACGAUUUUGCUAAAAGACGUCGCAAUAGUGUUGGUAGCGCAGGUUAUUUGAACAAGCAAAGUCUAGCUCAAUUAAAUAAUCAAUUUGGAGGAUACAACACUCGAAGAGGUCCUGCUAGUGUAAAAUCUAUGGGUUCAAAUAGAUCUAAUAGAUCAAAUCAGUCUAAUGCUAGUAGAAGAUCGACUAAAACAAGAGGUAGAGGUCGCGGCGGUAAUCGUGGAGUUGGUCGUAAUUUUAUUAACAAACAUGUUCUCAAUGCUCAACUGCAGAAAGAGAUAGCUUCACUUCAAGGUAAAACAUAUGGAGUAACAACUUCAAACGGUGAAACUCCAGCUGGAGUGAAUAUCACUGUAGUACCCACUGUUACUAAACAGACAUUACAUCAGAGAUUUGCCAGUACUUAG